GGCAACCCUGUACAAAGCAAAUUUCAUACCGGUAAACUUUUUCCCAAAAUCCUAACAUAUUACCAUGUCUUCGACAAGUGAACUUGAGGCACUGCUCAAAAAAGCUGUUACCCUUCUACAAUCGUCCCAUGCCAAUUCUGCAACAGAACUGCGCUUAUUACUCGAUGAAGAAAUCAAGAAGAGAUAUGGCCCUGAGAAAACGCUUACUAAUAACAUGACCAAAAAGCAAUUGGAAGAGGAGGCAAACUUUCCAGGCAGAGCUGUAACACCUCCACCACAACCAGUGGAAACAGAAGAAGUAAUCAAUUUAGUUAAUUCUCCGGCCAAGACAAUAUCGGACGAUUCAGAUGAUGCUGUUAGCGGCGGCGGAGGUGGUAUUGGAACUGGAGGCAUUCUAUCCACUACCGCUGAAGAUGAAGCCAAUUUAAAGGAAUUUGGAGACUUAAACUGUUAUGUCUGUGGCGAAAUGAUGUUUACAGCAACCAAUAGAUUAAUAGAAUGCGCUAGAUGUGGAGCUUUGUACCAUCAGGAAUGUCACAAGCCAACCAUAACGGAUGAAGAAGCCUCCGAAGAUCAAUGGCAAUGCGAUAAUUGUGCCACCAAACCUACCACCAGCAAAGCAAGUGGUGGCAAUGUUGUCGUCAUACCAGAUGAACCCAUGCCUUUAAUAGCCACCUCAGUGGCUUCCAUUAAAUCCAAGUCUUCAGCGACUUCAUCUAGAUCCUCAUCGUCUUCAAAUUCAUCUUCACCUUUUUAUAAAAUGGAACAACCCCAAACCACUGCUACAACUAAAACCUCCUCGAAAAGUCACAAAGAAGAAAGAUCAUCGAUGCCCAGCAGUAGCAAAGUAUCUUCAUCACUUAAUGCUCCCAGUUCCUCUUCGUCGUCAUCAUCAUCGAAAAAGCAUUCCUCUUCAUCAUCCAGUAAAUCGAAAUCUUCUAAACAUCAUGACAGCAAAAGGAAGUCUAGCAAGUAAAUUCUUUAGCCUUAAGUUGAUGCCAAAAUUCUUUGUAUUUGGACUUACUACAAAGACUAAGCCAAACCAUUUGGACAUUUUAGUUAUCUAAGUGAACAGCAAAUUUUGAUAUCACUAUAUUUUGGAAUAAAAUACUUGUGUGUAAAGUAUAUAAGAAUCGGAUCAUAUCAAA